AUGUUUAUGCUUCAAGCAGCUCUUCAAAUAUCCUAUUAUGGUCCAAUUGUAGUCUUUUCAAUUGGAACUCCAGCAGCCUUAUUGAAUGCUAUAAUUUUUAUGGGUAUAAAAACACUUCGACAAUCUUCUACUAGCUAUUAUGUUGUUGGUCAAUCGCUGGCCGAUAUGAGUGCUUUGUUAGUUGUGUUUCUCCAAACUAUACCAUCAACAUCAAUGCUCGCCUCAUCCAUGGCAUGCAAGUUGAGCAUGUUUUUUCUUCAGUCAACAGCGUGUGUAGCAAUGAGUUGUCUAUGUUUGGCUGCAUUCGAUCGGUGGGCAUGUACAUCUCAAUUAGCUCGCAUACGUCAAUUGAGUUCAACUCGAAUAGCUUGUCGUCUUGUCCCUCUUCCUUUUCUUAUCUGGCCACUUGUCAAUAUUCCUUUUCUCAUCUAUUCUGACUUGGUACCGCCUACUUACAAUUGUUGGUUCAACAGCGACUUAUUUAAACAGAUUGCAAAUUAUUUUCUUAAUCCAAUGCUUGCUGUUGUUUUUCCACUUUGUAUUCUAAUUACUUUUGGUCUGCUAACAUGUCGAAAUAUUCGUCUUGUCACUCAUAUUAGACAACAACGUAUUCAAACUCAUUUGCCAAUGUGGGAACAACAAAUGACGAGAAUGAUGCUUACUCAAACUUUUUUCAGUAUCAUAUGUGCAUCUCCUCGAGCCAUAUUUAUUAUGUAUUGGACAGCUACAUACGGAGAGGAUGCCAAGAAAAGUUGCGAUCAAAUAUCCAUCGAACUGCUUAUAAAUCAAUUGUCUGCCAUUAUUUUAUGUUUCAAUUUUUCUUCCUCCUUCUUUGUUUUUCUUUGCGUUUCACCACGCCUUCGAGAAACGCUUAAAAUACAUCUCAAACGUCUAUUCAAUUUGAGACAAAAUCAAAUUGGUGCUACGAACAUUUAUUUUACACGACCACGAAUAAUUGUGCACAACGCAGACAGAGAAAAUGUUAAUCCGGCAAUAGCAACAGAACAUGUUUGA